UUAUUGUAGGUAACAUUCCAAUCAUCGUUUAUUAUCUGAGUGUAUAAUGUCUCCAUAUAAGUGAAAUAUUCUCAAGAGGGACGUUAAACAAUAAUUAAUCAAUCAAUCCGAGUGUAAAUGCUAUAUGUUUUGUGCUUUUCUUUUUAAACAUGCAUGCAAUUGAACUUUGGUGCAUUAUAUAGGAGUCCAUUCACUGUGAUUUAUACAUCUAUAUAGGAGUCCAUUCACUGUGAUUUAUACAUCUUUUUAAUAUCAACAAAAAUCUGCUGUGAGAAUUAAAUACUGACAUUGUAUUGAGAGAGUCUGUGGAAGAGGAGGGGAAGUGUGCAGGUUAACCUUAUCUCACAAGGCAUCUAGCAGCAGUUCAAAUGUUUUUCGUGGAUUUUGGUUUUUUUUCAAUCUCAAGAUAAGGACAUUAUAAUGGCUGUAUAUUAUCUAGGAAGACACAGUACGAUAGAUUGAGGUUUAAACACUUAAUAAAUGACUAAUCACCUUGAGACAGGAUAGACUAUGACUGAUAAUAGCCCUCUCUAAAUCCUUAUAGUCUCUGCUUUCACACCCACUCAGUGUUAUGUGUGCAUCUAUCAAGUGUCAGUUCAACUGAUGGCUGUCCUUGAUCUGAGAUGAGAAAUUCCCAGUUCACGAUACAAACUACAUGUAAUUCAGUGGAUUAAUAGUGGGAUUUAUAAACAUUGAAGGCACGGGAUGAAAGCCUAUGAAUGUGUUGACCUUUGACCUUGUUGUGAUCAUUUCCUGGAUGAAUAUCCUCCAUGCUGUGACCUCAGCCAAGCGGGAGGCUGCUCCUCAAAUAAAGAAGUUGAAAUCCACAUGUAGCAGCGGGGCUGAGUGUCCGGUCCACUUCCCGAAAGCUGAGCUGAAGAAACGCCUCUCUUCUGUAGAAUACCAUGUGACUCAGGAAAAAGGCACGGAGAGAGCUUUUUCUGGUAAAUAUGUGAAUAACAAGGAGCAGGGACUGUACACCUGUGUGGUGUGUGGAAAUCAGCUGUUUUCUUCCGACUCCAAGUACGACUCCAAGUCAGGCUGGCCGUCCUUCUAUGAUGUCGUCAGCAAAAAGCAGAUCACCGUUAAGGACGAUGUGUCGCAUGGUAUGCAGCGGGUGGAGGCAAAGUGUGCUGAUUGUAACUCGCAUAUAGGUCACGUGUUCGACGAUGGUCCAAAGCCCACAGGACUGCGGUAUUGUGUCAAUUCAGCUGCCUUAAGCUUCAAAAAGCAAACAACAGUCUGAUGUGGAUUAUAUUGAUGCUGCUGGCUUUAAUGUUGUUUAGUAGCUGUAUUGCUAGUUUGCAGUAAGCAGUUUGUGAAAAUGUUGAACGGAUUGGGUUUGAAUCUUUUUCUUACAAUCUUAAUUUUUACGUUAAACUGGUAUUCAAAAUUUUAUUUCUUCCCUUGACGAGUAUGCGGUGUUUAUUAGGUUUUUUCUCAUUCUUUUAGCUUUACUAUAUUUACACACAGUUGUUAUAGAAACUUCCUAAAAAUGAAAUUAAUAUAUUAUGAAUAUGAAUGUUCAGUGCGUGGUGCUAGUAAGUUGUGAUACCAUUAUAGCUGCAGAACUGUAGCUCUCUGAAAAAAUAUUUUGACAUAAAUAUUUUUUCAGAGAGCCUCAGUUCUGCAGCUAAUACCAUUAAAGAGUUGUCUCUCUUGGCAAAUAUGCUUUAGCUCGACUGUUAAAAAAUGGCCAGUCACAGAGGUUAUUUUUUCAUAUUUGCGUUUUUCUUGUUGGUAAUUAACACUCACAAUUAAUUACAGACAAUUAACACACACACAAUUAAUUACAGGCAAUUGGAAUUUUUUAAAACGACGUUGUCUUUUUAACGUUUGUCUCCUAUUGCGUGUUGAAAUUGACUGUCUCUAAUUUUUACCCUUUUGGAAUUUACAAUUGCUGUGCAAUCUUAGGACUUUAUUUUGGAUUCAUUAUCAGCUAAUAAUAAUAAUAAUAUAUGUGUACACCUAUGUGUUAUGGAAUGUUUUAUUAAUCUUAUUGCUCAUAAACACAGUUCAUAUUUUGUGUAGAUCUUAUAGCCUCGCAGUUUGACAGAUACACCAACACUCUGUGCUAUGAUAUUAUAGAUUUACUUUGUAUAUAACAAUGGGCAUCAUUUUGGUAAGAAACAAAAAGCACUAACACGGGACGCUGUUGUGUGAUGGUAAUGUCCGUCAGAACUAUGAACAUGUCAGUAUAAACGUUUUCUUUUGUAGCAGUGAUUAGAUCUGUUUCUUUUUUAAUCUGUUUGAAUAGAAGUUUCAUACCUGUUUUUGAUCACGUGAUUUCUUCCUUCAACUUUUACCAUACAAAGGUUUUCUUUUUGUUAGGUUUUUUUCUCUGCCGCUUGAAAAAGUAUUAUGGGAGAUUGUAGAUCAAUACAUAUAAUGUAAAUCAUUGUUCUUAGGUGAAGAAAAAAAAAUAUUACAGUAUAUCUUGCCAUUUUAUUUGAUUAUGUGGCGUGUUCGUAAACAUUUUUGUUAUAUGUUUUUCGUUUAUUAUUGUAAAUUGUAAAACUAUUCUUCUCUAAACAAGGGAUUUCAUAUUUUCAAACGGUACCAAAUUACUUCUAUAUCCAGUUAUUUUCUGUAAGUUUAGAUAUAUUUACCACAGCGUAUUGCAUACAAUGUACAUAAAUUCCUUGUUACAAGGAACUGCAUGAAACGAAAAUUUCUACAGCGAGAACAAAUACCAACAGUACAAUUUUUAAUGAAUUCUAAAAUUCUGAAAGCAAGUUUAUCUCAUGUGCAUAGGGAAAUUGAAUUGAGGAGGAAUAGUAUUGUUUUGCCGUUUACAGAAUACGCCUCUACAUAUGUUUGUAUGUGUUUUUGUUAUUGAUUUCAGAAUCACUGAUAUAUAUUCCUUUUGUAGGUGUGUGUGUUUUUUAUGACAUAAGUGUUUUUUGUAUUUUGGAGAUAUUCACCUCGUUUUAAUCAGUUGUCAUGACACAUAUCGCUGUCUUUACACCCAAAAAAAAUUAUGGUUUUAGCAUUAAGUUCGAGAGUUUCCCUUGUUUUGCCUCUUUCGGGUUUUUUAUUAUUAGUAUUGUGGGGUGGGGGCUUUGGACUUUUUUAUGUCUAAGUAGAAUGAAGUAUAAAAAUUGAACAAGUACUAUUGAACGUAAGAAUUUCGAAUUCGGUCUCCGAGCGGAAGUGAUGUAAGCACACGACAUAUAACGGUAUUAAUAUUUAUACAGAACCUAGUAAUCAAGAGUCCUUGUAUUUAUCUUCAUCUAACUGUACAUUUGUUUCUGUAGUGUUUAACGGGAAAUUAAUUCUCUUACUUUUGUUUUCUAGCUGUGAUAUAUUUAGGUGUUUUGUUUGAUAAUUUAUGUAUAUUUGUUAAUGAUAUUAUUUGAAUCUCAAUUCAAUACGUUUUGAGUUUUGUAAUGUUCAAUUCUUUCGAAAACCUGUAAAAUCAUUUAUAUUUACAACAGGAGAGUGUUCGCCAUUAACAUUUCGUCCUAGUGAUUUUAUGUGCUAUUUAUAAAUAUUUGCUCCGGGGCUUUUUUUUUUUUUUUUUAAUGAUGCCGUAUGGUUGAACAGUCAUAUUCAUUUCACCUCCAAAUGAUUUUCCUCACGUUGUCACUUUUAACUGGCAAUAUCUUUUUUCUUUUAGUAAUAAAAUGUUUGUUAUUUUUCAAA